CGCGCGUUUUCGCUUGUUUUCUUUCGUACGCUGCCCCACCUUUGUUUCAUUAUGAAUUGUUUUUAUUUAAAUUUUGUAACUAAAUUCAACUUUAAUUUGGAUUUAUAGACGUUACGUUUAAAUUUGGACAUGCUUUCUGUUAUGAUACGCCGGAAUACCUGCUUGUUUGCAUAGGUGUAGGGCAGGUGAGGAUCGUUUAAAAGUGAAAUGAAUAUUGUGCCGAGUUAGUGGAAAUGGAGUGCUCUAAGGAUAUGGGGGUGCAGAAGAGACACAGCCAGUUCAGUGACACCAAGUACAAGUGGAGGACGGUGCUGGUGUUGUGUUGGUGUAUGAGUGUGUGUUGUGGACAGGAGUUGCGGGACACUGACCCGUGGUUGUUGAACAGGAGUGCAGGGUUGACCGAGCUAGAAGGUGGGGUGGUUGCGGGGAGAGUAGUGUGGAAGGCUGAGGGUAGCCCGUAUCUGCUGAGGGAUGAUCUGUUGGUGGAGAGCGCUGCAGAGCUGGUGGUGGAGCCAGGAGUCGAAGUGCGGUUCGCGCCAAUGAUCGGCGUCACCGUGCGGGGGAAGCUAAUAGCUGUGGGUCACCAUGAGAAGAGCAUCACAUUCACAAGUACGGAGGAGCCCGUGCGACCGGUCAAGCCAGUGCCCGACAUCAGGCUGGUGGACGGUCCGACGAUCCUUGCAGGCAGGGUACAGUUGCUGCACAGAGGGCAGUGGAGAUCCGUUUGCACUAACUCUAGAAAUUGGACAAUCAACGACAUGGAAACGGCGUGUAGACAGCUGGGCUUCAUGGGUGGGUCGUUCUACAACUGGAUGGACCGCCAGCCAGGGCGAAAGGCCCGGCUACUCUUCGAGGAGCCACGGUGCAGAGGAACCGAAGACGACCUCUUCCAAUGCGACUGGAACUCACGACAACUCGGCUCCGGCGUCUGCGAUUACCACCCCGACUUAGCCAUCCAAUGCUCCCCGCACCACGACGGCAGAAGUACCGAGCGUCACUGGAGAGGCAUCCGAUUCGAAAAUGCCGUCUACGAGAGAAUUCUAACUGCAGUCAAUACCUUGUACGUACCAACAUCCAUGUCAAGACUCGAACACGUCGUAAUAAAGAACGCCGGCCUAGGACGAGACAAUAAUGCCACCAGCGCUGUAGACGUAAUAGGUGUACCACCCGUUAUGGAAGACAUAGAAAUUGCCAACUCCGCAUUCAAUGCUAUAAACGUGACGUCACCCAACGCUCCCAUAGUCAUUAACAACUGCACAAUACAAAACAAUAGAGGGUACGGUGUAUAUGUGAAUUCUACGUACGGCAUGACCAAGAUUGAGAAUUGUCUGAUCCAUGACAACGGGGGCGAUGGCGUCAAAUAUGUAGUUCACGAGAUGAGUGUCGAUGAAAAAUUCGAUAGAAGCGAAGUAUUUGAUCUGUGUACUCUAGCGUCUACACCUAGUCAAACUUUUCCAAUUCAAAUGUCAAUCGAACAAUCCAGGUAUUCUAACAUGGAGAGAGAUUGCAGUCAGAAAUUUUAUACGCGAUCUGAUCACGUACUAACCUUGAGCUUUUUGAAACUGUUGACCAAUCAUAAUGAUACUGGAGAGAUUUUCGUUUACGACGGUCUCACUGUGGCCGAUAAACUGCUAAUGUCGUUUAGCAUAAGAAAUCUGACUAGACCACAAAGUGUUACCUCUACAAGAAGUCGAAUGUACGUGAGGUUUCGAGCCAAUACGAGAACAGACAUAACAGGAUUUUUACGAUUAACCUCAGGGGUCAGCAAAACCUAUGAUUUAAACGUGACCGACAGUAUUAUUUCCGACAAUAACGGUAGAGGCGUUGUUAUUGAAAAUCUGAGAUCUCAAGUUCAUAUACACCGAAGUUCAAUUUCUAAUAAUAAUCAUGUUGCUGGUCUGCAAGUUGUAAACGGAGCGGGAGACGUUAAUGUCACAGAGAGUAGAAUAUCGUUCAAUCAAGGAGAUGGUAUCAAUAUCACCGUCACUGGAGGGAACAGGAACAUAUCAAGAAGUAUUCUUAGUUCUAACCAAGGCUACGGUAUUGCAGUAUGGAUAAACAAUACUCAAGAAACUGAAUACAUUCCUUUAAAUCAAACCACUGUGGUUGAAUAUUCCGAAAUAUUUAAAAAUCUCGAAAUAGGGAUUUUGCAUGGUAAUUACUGUGGAGACAGCUGGGUAAACAUCACCGGAAAUUGGUUCAAUACUAGUAUGGAAAGCACAAUAGACAUAUCAACGUGUUGGCGGUACAAUAGUCCGGUAAAGCUGCUCAAUUUACAAAUAGGACACAAUAGAUUCUACCAAAAUCGAAAAGUUCCAUUAAAAAUUCAACCUGCUUUAAAUGUAGUGGGAAGAAUAGAAUACAACUAUUUUGAACACGGGGACUAUGGUGCAAUAGUUAUAAUGAAUAGAAUAGAAGGAAAGUACAUAGAAGAAUUUGAGAUACUGCCAGCUAGAUUCCAUAUACAACAUAACUAUUUCUAUAGUAACAAAGGUCCGUUUGUUGUAAAUCUUGGUUUAUCGCCUUACAGUGAUCUCCAGUACAUACUAUUCUCAAGGAAUUACUUAAGAGACAAUAAAAUUAGAGAACCAUAUGAACCAAUAGAAGGUGUGUCGUCAAGACUAGCUCCAAGAAGUAGAGUCGCGGCUACAAUUGUACUAGCAUCAAGUAACAUUGAUGUAUUUAGAAACAUCAUUAAUAAUCCUGAGGCACAGUACGAAAUAGGUUCGCAUGUGGAAGAUCAAAGCAAAAUUCUCAAUUGUACAUACAACUGGCUUGGAUUUGGUGAAGAAGAAAAGAUUUACAACCGACUGUUUCAUAGAAAAGACAGAUACAACUUAGCUAAAAUCAUUUAUAUGCCAUACUUGUUGCACAGCAGUAACCCUGGCGCUACACAAAUCAAUUACAAUUCACUGUACGUUCCGCAAUUUAAUGUACCCGGUACAUUCAUCGUCGGUGGAGAGGUAGAGGGAAUAGAAAUACUCAGACAAGGCGAAUAUGAUGUCGAUAAGGAUAUAAACAUACGUCCCGGUGGCAAACUUGUGUUACAACCAGGAGUAACUUUAAGAUUCCCUCCGUCAAUAGGCAUGAUGAUUGCAGGAAAAUUAGACGCCAGAGGAAAACGGCCCAAUGACAUCACUUUUACGCUUAAAGAAGAGUUAGUGAUGACAAACGAUAGCUUUUAUGAGACUGACGCUGACGUAGAUCCUACUACACCUGGGUAUGUUGAACCCAUUGUUCCUAUAAGACUUUUGGGAGGGAGAACGCAGCAGGAAGGAAGAUUACAAGUAAGAGUAGAUGGUAGAUGGGGCACUGUAUGUAAUUACAGAUGGAACAUUAUCAACGCAGCUUUGGUUUGCCAUCAGCUCGGCCUAGCUUUAAACCCAGAUGACUGGUUCUUAGAACCGAGUGAGAUUCCAACUGCAGGCAUGACAGAAGACAUCAUCCUAUCCAACGUUGAAUGUACAGAAUUCGACAAUGACAUUACUAAAUGCAAAGCUGAGACUAUAGAGAACUUUGAGAAAUCUUGCACACAUGAAAAUGACGUUGGUAUAAGAUGUUAUGAAACCAGUUGGGCUGGAAUGAGGUUCAGUGUUAUUGCUGAAAGAACUGAUUUACAGUACGUAACCGUUGAAAAGGCUGGACUUUUAGAUUACUCAUCGAAUGUCUUCAAACCAGCACUGCAAAUAGACUUCGCUCGACAUAGUUUAGAAAGCGUAAAAAUUUCAAACAAUUACCAUGAUGGUUUAGGCAUCUUAUAUUCCGAUUUAUAUGGAGCCGAUGCUGUGAAUACAGUCAGAAAUUCAGAAUUUAGUAACAAUAAAGGAAGUGGUAUUAGCUUUAAGCAACUAGGUCUCAAAGUUUACGGUUCAGUGAUAGAAAAUAACGAAAUAGCAGGCAUUUCUCAUAACCCUCAUCUAACUGGCCAGCAACAAAGAGAAAUAGCUGGAUGGUUCAAUUUAGACCCUGGUUUCAAUAUGGAUGAAUCAAAUUAUCACCCUAUAAUGAUCCCUGAAUAUGAAACCGACAUAAGCUUAGUAAAUGGUGAAACAAGACACCUUGUGUUUACAAAACAUUACGGAGAAAAUAUUGCCAAAUCUUAUAACAUCAAAUGUAACCCUGGAUAUGUUCUUGGACUUCAAUUACUAAACCCUAUUCAUAACUUUUCUACUGAGAGUAUCUGCAUUUAUGAUUCUCAAAAUAUAAAUGAAGGAAGCACAAAAUGGUGCCUCGAUCGGGACUUGGCAACUUUUCCAACUACCAGUAACAGUUUUGGUGUGGUUUUAACUUAUGAGAGUGGUAAUGUGGCAUUGGGAGGUGUUGUGCUAGUUGUGAGUUCAAUACUAGCGCCAGUACAGAAUUUAAGGAACAGAAUAGUCAAAGGACCAGUGCCCACUUUACAAGUUGCUAACUCCAAAAUAAAAGGUAACACCAAAGGCGUAAAAGCUUUGUAUUACAAUAGAUAUUUGAAUGAACUCGGUGACCAUUUCUUGCGGAAAGCCAACGAAAGUAUAAAAAUAUUCAAUUGUGAAAUAGCACAUAAUAAAGAAGAAGCAAUUUAUGUUAACACGCCUUUCUGGGAUAUCCAUGAAAGUAAUAUUACUGAGAUAACAAUAAUGGUAAACAGCAGUUUGAUUACUGAUAACGGUAGAGGAAUUUACCACUUCGCGAGGGAUUUAAGAAGUUCGAACAACUUGUAUCACUACAUACUUCAAGACAAUACUGUGGAAAGAAACAAAAAUGGUGGAUUUGAUGUUAGUUUGCCUUACGUGUGGCAAUAUAAUGAGAACUUUACACAUUCAGUGUUCAUGUACAACAACACCUGGAGAAGUAACCAGAACUUCGGUCUAGUCAUUGACGGGCAUUUCGCUGAAGUCAAUAUAACCAAAAAUAUAUUUACUGAUAACAAUUGUAAGACUGGUUUAGUAUCGAUUAGAGGGAUGGAGAAGAAAAUGAAAGUAGAUGGUAAUUUUAUUGAGAGAAAUAAUGGUCAAUACAUGGUAGAAUUCUACAUGGACAGUCAGAGUGAAAUCAUGGGACUUAUUUAUGCGGUAUUCGUUUACAAUCAAGUGAAAAAUAACAGGUACACGGCCCAAAUGAACCGUGGUGCUUUGUUUAGAAACGUUGAUCCUACUUAUGUCAUAGGAUUCAAAGGAAUUCAAAAAGUUAAAGUAAGCAGAAACAUAUUCGGCCUGAAUGGAUUGCAGUAUACAUUAUUGGCUGGUAUAAAAACUGCAAAGAUUGAAAAUUUACUAGAUGUAACUGAAAAUUGGUGGGGCAGUGCUGAUGAAAAAGAAAUCAAACGACAAAUUUUCGACUUCGACGAUUGGAACAACCACGCUAUUGCUUCAUACUUGCCGUAUUUAGUCGCAGAAAGUUUUGAUGCUAGCGUAUCUGUAUCAUUUAGUACUGACAUAGCUAUGGAUGUAAAUGAACUAGGCGGACGGUUGAAGCAUGACCUUGUCAUUGAGGCUCGUAUUGCUCCUUACAUAGUGAAAUCAGAUAUCACAGUAAUGCCGAACGUAACUCUCACCAUCAACCCCGGAGUCAUACUAGAGUUUGCUCCAAAUGUUGGAAUACUCGUAAUGGGAACACUUCACGCUAUUGGUCAUAGUCAAUUGCCAAUAUUCAUGAAGCCAAUCGCCUCAGCAGCUAAUAUUGAAACUAACCGAAUUAGUAAAAGAGAUGUCGGUCAAUAUUCAGGCAGCCAUCACAAGUACAGACGACAGUUAGAAAAUUUGAUCGUACAAGAAUCUAUCAGAUUAUGCUCUGGAAGAAACUGCUCAAUUAAUGAUAACAUGGCUGAGAAAACGAACGAAGGAUUUUUAGAGUAUUAUAACAGGACUACCUUACAAUGGGUACCAAUGUGCGAUAAUCGGUUCACAGAAAGAAAUGCUCAAGUUGUGUGUCGCGAACUUGGGUUUGAUCCGAUAAACGUGUUUUUCGCUCACGACAGGCGAGUGGAGUAUCACAGUAAUUCAUUAUCUCGAAUUUGGUCAUGGCCUGAACCUUUGCAAUGUGUUGGAACUGAAGACCGAUACGAGGACUGUCCAAUAAGACUUAAUGGACAACUUUACGGCCACCGACACGAAUGUAAAUGGGACUCAGAAUUUGUCUUCAUUCACUGUGGCAUGAGAAAUUUAGAAGAAAAUCUGGACUAUUGGGGAGGAAUCAGAUUUGCCAACCCUGAAUUUGAAUAUUCUCUUUAUGAACAUAGGAUUCACGAUCAUCAUACUCACGACACAAUGAAAAAAGUGGAGAGUAUAAUUGAGCACGUUCAAAUCGUGGGAGCUGGGUUACUUCAUAAUGAAAAAUCGCCAGCCAUUCAAAGUAUUGUGAAGAAUCCUAGAAUUCAGAAUGUUAACAUUAGUAAAUGCGCUCAUCACGGUAUCAAUUUGAUAUCCCCUACGGAUACUAUAAGCAUGAUGUUUAAUUCCGUCAACGACAUUCUUGGUGAAGGAGUAAGUGCUAUAUCCUUAACAGGAGAAGGUAGAGAAUCUGAAGAAUCCAGUUUUACUCCAUUAAAAGAUCUGAAUCUUCCAUAUCAUCUGUUUUCGCUAAUCGAUAUCUGCGAUAGUAGUAAAGUCGUUGUGGUUGAAGAGAGAGUGCUUCUUUACUACAAGUAUGACAACAAUCCUGUCAACUGCGUAAAGAUUUUCAAGAGCAUGUACAGAGUAAAGCCGUUUGGAUUCAGAUUGCUUCAGUACAACUUGUUCAAUCAUACGCAGAACUACGGAAAGCGGGAUUCACUCAGCCUGUACGACGGUGAUAUCUACAAUAUCACAGCACCAAUGAUUGGGUAUUUGGAAAACGGAUCCCCAGAUGAGAAGAAACUCUUUAGAACUCAAGGCGCCAGUUUGAGUGUGAAGUUGUUUGCAAACGGAGCAUCCGCAGUUCAUGGAUUUAUUGCUGAAAUCGUCACGUUGCCGAUAUCUGCUAUUGGAUUCAAUCGAGACGUCCAGCACAAUAUAUCGAACAGCGAGUUCCACAAUAACAGAGACGGCGCUAUAUCAUACCAGUCUGUUGGAGAAGUGAAUCCUCUGGUAGCCAUCAUAAGGAACGAAAUUGACGGCAACUGCCUCAAAUUGUACGGGAACUUUACUUCCUGCCAGUCAGCUGUCAGGAUUGAUGUGCAGAAUACUCAAACAUUGGUGUUCAGGAAUAAUUUAGUUCGCAACAAUGUUGGCGGUUUAUCAGUGAGAGCAGACUCUAGAGGUUCAGCUACUUCUUUACGGGGAUGGAUUCACAACAACUUGUUCUAUGGGAACCAUGACUUGCCUUGCUUAAUGGUGGAAGGCCGUCAAUCCUCACCGUACCAAGAAGUGACGAUCUACCGCAACUACUUCACGCGCCACCGCGCUCAGUACAAGGACGUCAUAGUGUUAAACCAGGUCGUCUCCAACUUCACAUACAACUAUGUUCAUGAUAACACCGGCAUGAGGAUCCUGGAAGUCUCCGGGUUUGAUAAAGUCAGGCUACCCAUCUAUCAGACGACUUCGCAUAACGGUUUCUACAAAAAUUACGCCUUAGAUCGGGAAGGACGAGCUACUGUCGUAGCAGGGACGGCUGGACAGCACUAUGUGGACAAUAUCUUCUUCAAUCCGGACAAUGAUUACGAAAUGAUCACUGUCAAUCGAUCUAUCUUUGUUGACUAUAAUCCAAAUUUCGUGAGCUCUUUGGAACUAUGGCGUACAAAAAUCGAUGCGAAACACAACUAUUGGAGUUACAACGAGAGUCUGGCAGUCGCUGGUCGCAUUCGGGAUCAGUCUGAUAACCCUCUGUUGUUGGAAGUGGACUAUCGGCCGUAUUAUAUGAACAACUUGACCGUGCUUGGAGGGGGGAAGUGUCCCCCUGGAUGGGACCACGUUGCGGGUACCUGCUAUAUGUAUGUUGGAGCCCCGAUGACUUAUGAAGAGGCUCGGACGUUCUGUCUGUCUGACAACGCCUCCAUGCCCUACGUCUCCGGCAACUACGCAGCUCUGUACCAGUUCAUCCAGCGCCAGAACGAGUGGUUCCAAUACGGAGACAGAGUCUGGGUCAACCAUAUUGAUUACGUCACCCAAUGUACUUCCUUCGCCUUCUCUACGGUCGAGAUCACCGACUGCAACCAGAAGAAUCCGUUUAUUUGUGAAAUUGAUCCCAAGAUCACGAUUGACCCGCUAUCGUGGCGUGGAGACAUCCUUGCGGUGGCGUUCAUAGGCAUCCUGGCUGCGGCCGUGCUGCUUGUUGGCGCUGCCCUCAUCUGCUGGUACUCCAAGUCUAAGCACAGACAUCUCCAGCGACUGGAACGAAGGAACUCGAUCAGACAGUCCUUGCAUUCAGUCCGGUCCAUUGGCAGCAUAAACGGAGGCUUUCCGGAUACAGCAUACAGGAGAAAGCUGGCGCAAAUGAGUACGCGAUCAACCGAAACUCUGACCAAAGGUUCCGAUUACAAGAAGAUGUUGGCAUCGACGACGUCCAUGGAAUCUAUGGAGAAGAGUCAGUUCAACUCUUCAAUGGAGGACAAUCAGAGCUUCGACAUUUACGAAGCCCACAACCCUAAUGCUAACGUGAUGCCGCUCAAACACAGUACCUUUAUGAAGAAGCCUGUUACCCCAGAAUACUCCGUACCCCAGAAUAAUAACAAGCCCUUCAGCUUAGCAUAUAGGAAUGAGGGUUAUAGAGACAAUUCUGGCCCAGCCAGUGGAGCUCCAUCAAUGAACACAGUCACGACCGAAGAACUCCCAAUAAUUCACCAUCCAGGAGGCCUACAAUCCCCCCAAGACGACGACACUCUAUCUCCCACAAGCGACCAGUACUACAACUCAGACACUUUACCCUUAAGAGGAUUAGACAAAGACGACACUACAGCGCUGAAGAGGGAGUUAGAAAGAGAAGGCAAGAUAUAUGGCUAUGGCGAGCCAAGUUUUGGCGGGCAGCCGAAACUGUCGUUCCUGAUGGAGUUAAGGUCGAAAAUGCCGGAGCAGCCGCAACCAGGGGCCGUGCCGACGACGACGUUUGGGCAGAGGAGGAACAUUGCUGAUCAACAGCAGUACUACGAAGACAACUUGCCUUCGCCGCCUCAUCCGCCGAUCUACUCGAACUAUGAUUCUCCUUCCGAACACAUUCCUAGUUACGACUCCAGUCCACAAGAUCUAUCCCGGUCUUUCGACGACUCGCCGACUCCAGAGUUUCAUGGGAGAUCGAAAUCUGAAGCGCUUUUAGAAACGAACUUUGACUUCGAAGACAGCGAAUCGAGUCCCAUACCGCCUCUGAGUGAGGCUAACCGAUCACACAGUCAGCCGUUAGAAACUGCCAUGUAAAUGUAAUGAGUUUUAAUAGUUUUUGGGACAGAUGUUCUGUGGUUACACUGUUUUAGGGAAGAAGAAAGCUUAUGAAGAAAAAUUAAGGGUAAGCUCUGUGUUUUUCAGUCUCUUUAAACGUAAAAGAAAAAUAGUCAAUUCAUUACACGACAUUUUUUUUUUAAAUCUUUGAAUGACAAUGGUGCAUAUUCGGGCGCACACAAACUUAACUUAUUAGUUUGACAGUGCCGUCUUUCACUUACAAUACGUGCAAGAAUGAGAUGCAGCUAGUUCCUGUCAAAUUAACUUAAAUUAAGUUGGUGGUUUCCCGAAUCGACACCAUUACGUUAUUAUGACAAACGAUUAAUAUUAACGCUUCGUUUAUGAAAAACAGAAUCCUAGGAAUUUUGGUGUAGGUAAGAAAAAAUGCAAUAUUAGGUAAUAAUUGAAAACAAAUCGCGCUGGUUUGCGAAGCGAUCAAGUUGACAUAAUGUAGUACCGCGCGUCCUAAUAUAAUAAAUGUUAAAAAACAAAUCAUAAACUCAAUAUACUUUCUUUCUUUUUUUUAGUAGUCAGGAAUCCAAAAACAUAAAAUUAGUUCCUCGUGAAGUUAUGAGUUGUCGGAGUGGUUGGUUGGUUGAGUCGUAAGGAUAGAAUAGCAAAGAAAAGACUGAACAUCUUUGGUAACAACUGUAUCCAUUUCUUGCAUUUAAUACUCUAGUAGGGUUGAAUGUAUCAUUCUGUGCGUUCCGUUUGUCGAAUGUAAAAUACCUAUUUCUAUUUUCAAACUAUUUUUAGGAGUCAGUGAUUAAAGUAGUGGUCAAUAUCAUUACCGUGAACGCAAAAAUAUAAUUCCUUAUUUAUCCUAUACUAUUGACUUCCGGUGUUCGGAGAACUACCCACAAGCGUAUGUGACAGAUGGUACCGCCGCCAUUUUGUGUGCGCUAACGCAACCGUGGCUGGUUGAGCGGGUAGCCGUGGUACGCGUGGUGACCAUGUGUCAUGCUGAAUAGAGGACUGAAGACGCCUUAUAAUCUCCAAAGGAUCGUUGAGCCUUAUGUUCUGAAUAAUCCCGAAGCUUCAUUGAUGACAUAUUGUUUUUUUCUUUUUCUACAGUGUCUUUACGUCAUGUGAUCCUCUCUAUUAACAACAUUUACAACCCCUUGUGGGCUGAACACGCCAAAUUGAAGCAAUUCAUCCCACAAAGGAAUAUUGCUACUUAUUUGACAUUACGUACUUACAUGCUGAAAUAUCAAAUUGUAAUAUUGCUUUUUUUAGAUGAAUUGCUUAUAUGUGGCAUUUUAACCCCCCUCACUUAAGCUUCAAAGUCACUUCUAAACAUGUCCGUUUCUUGUUUAAGUUUUAUCGAUACAGAUUACCACAAAAGCACGAUCUCAUUUGAAAUAAAUAGAUAGGUAAUUUUACUCUAUCCGUUCGUUCGUCGUCAUUUUAAGUGAUAUUGAAAACGUGAUGCCUUAUACUUGAUGCCUUCAGAGAAAUCGUUUUUAGAUAUAUAUGCUCUCUGCAACAAAUAUAACUAUAUCAAUGGAAACUAGCUCAAGGGAGUGUUUCCCGUUCGACCGAUCCGGUGAUGCUGUCUAACACCCGUUGUUUAAAAGGGAAAAUAGAUAAAUCCCACUGGGCCGAUUGUCCUAUCGACCCAUCGGAUGAACGGGAAACUCUCGCUGAAGGCUCAAACUGGAUGACAGCGGCAGCGGUGCGGCGGCGAUAGCGGCGCGGGGAGCAGCGCGGCGGCCGCCGUUCUCGAUGUCAGCGGCCAGAUCGCGCGGUGUUGCGGCGGUAUAGUUGUGUCUCAAAUAAACGCGAUGUCGAAACGGCGGCAACGCAUUUUCGAUUGGAGUUCUUUUGUUUCGUACGAUUUAUUAUGGGCAAAAGAAGUUCUGAAUCCCUAUAAUGAACAAAGGAAACAAAAAGUCGAGUUUCAAACGCAGAGACACCGCUCGUACCCCGCUCCCGUCGCCGCUGCCAUCGAGAACACUUCAAUAUAAAUCUUAGUAUUUGAACGCGCCGCUCCCCGCACCGCCGCCGCCGCCGCGCCGUUGCCGCUGUCAUCCAGUUUGAGGUCGGAACCAUAGAGCAAUAAGAAGGGAGAGUCGUCCUACAGUCGCCUUAUGGUGAAAAUCAUGUAAGCACACAUGGAUGUGAUUUUUCUUAAGGCUACAGUCUCCGCAAAAUUUUGGUGAUUAUUAUUUUCCUUUUUAAGCAUCGUUAACACAUUUCUUUGAUUACCGUUUACUGUUCAUGAAAAUAAAUGAUAUAAGUAUUAGACGCGUAUUUUUAGCUUGUUAAUAUUCAAAUUCUGAAUUCUGCAUUCGGAGACUGGGCUCAUAACAAAACCUUACAAUAGACAAGCUUGUUGCAAUCCAGGUAAACAUUUGUUAAACAUUUUUAUAAGGAUUGAAAUUAAUUGAAAGAAAUCGAUAUUUUAUUGAAAACAAUCAUAUCAGAAUGUAUUUUUUCAUAAAGACGUUAUGUACGUACAUAAUUUUCCUUAUUGCGCGACUCAUCAUUCUUAUUGUGUGGUCAAAAUACUUC